AUGCCACUAAUUGACACUACUGGUUUUGUUACAGGAUGGGGCAGAUGUGAUUUUACGGGAAACGAGUUAUGUCUUCCUCGUGCGUCAGAGUUUUUUCCUGAUGAAAUAAUUGACCCAAUGCUCAGGACAGUCUCGGUCAACAUAGCUUCUCUUAAUUUAUAUUGUGAAGGCUACAUUAGGCAUGGAAUAAAACUACACGCGGGUAUGUUAUGCGCCGGAGCAGUUCGGGAAGAGUAUCCUUCAUUCGCAUGCUCGGCAGUACCUGGGGCGCCACUCGUAGUACAUGGGAAGUUAGCCGGCAUUCUUUCUUGGGGUUUUGGUUGUGGCUACGCGCACGACCUGCCGCUCGUGUACACUAGCAUGCAGUAUCAUACAAAAUGGAUAGCUUAUAAUGUCAUGCUUCUACGCAAGUUGUCUAUAGAUGAUCUGACUCCGUUGUUUCAAGCAACAAAAUCGUACAUUGUAAUGGGAUGGCUUUCCAAGACUAGUAUUUCAAAAACUUCACCACACCGACAUGUAUUUUACAAGAACAUCCGGCAAAUGCCGUUCGAUCUCGAAUUGGUAAACUUAUUAGGUAACACAUAUGAUAUAAGAGACUUCCUUAACGAUGGCGAAGUUCAUUCAAAGAAAAGUGAAUUGUACGAAGAAAUAAAAAAGGAUCUGGAGCAAAAUAAUACUCACUUGCUUAAAAAGAAGCAGAAUCUAUCACUCUUAAAACAAACAUUGAAAACCUACCCGUUCAUUAAUCAGCAUUUUUUGUUAAACGCGAAUCUUAGUUACGACAGCGCUUCGGAUAAUGAGUACCAAAUUAUU